GGCGGCAGAGGCGCGGGGACCCGGGACUGCGAGCACGCCCGGACUUCUUCCCACACUGGUGGGUCAGGCCCAACUUACUGAGGAUGGGGGCUCCGGGUGCCAGGCGAUGCGUGGAAUUGCUGUUGGGCGUCUACUUCCUCACCCAUAUGCCCAUCACCCUGUUCUUGGACCUGCAGGCGGUGCUGCCACGCGAACUCUACCCGGACGAGCUGAGAAACCUCCUGAAGUGGUAUGCCACGGAAUUCAAAGACCCUCUGCUGCAGGAUCCCCCCGUGUGGUUUAAGUCCUUCUUGUUCUGCGAGCUCAUUUUUCAGCUGCCUUUCUUUCCCAUUGCAGCAUAUGCCUUCUUCAAAGGAAGCUGCAAGUGGAUCCGAACCCCCGCAAUCAUCUACUCUGUUCACACCAUGACAACUUUAGUUCCAAUUCUCUUCACACUUUUAUUUGAGAAUUUCUCCAAAGCCAGUGGUUUCAAAGGACCUGAGACUUUGCAUGAACGAUUAACCCUUGUAACUGUCUAUGUCCCUUACCUACUCAUCCCUUUCAUACUUCUGCUUUUCAUGUUGCGGAGCCCCUACUACAAGUAUGAAAAAAGAAAAAAGAAGUGAAGAAAACAACCAUUUGCCCAGUGGAGACAAGCCCAUGGGCAGUUGCCUACUGGACUCAGUACAAGGAAACCUGCUCCAAACCCAUGUCUUCAGCAGCAUUUGAAACAUACAGGCAGCAAUACACAAAAGCAAGACAGUGGCAGAAGCCACAUCAACCCUUACCCCUCAAGGGCACUGGGAUGAAAAGACUGAUGAGCUGGGGGUGGGCAGAAGGUGUGGGCUAGGUUUUAGGGAAGUGGCGCCAAAUACCUCACUGUGUGCCUCCGUUCCACUGUAGGAUUGCUAAAACCAGGACCAGGCCAGAAACUGGCCUACUUGAAAGUUCUUGAGUCAUUUGACCCUCAACACUUUUGGCUAAACCCUGGACUCAUGAUUCUCUGUAGACUAUCACCAAUCAGUAAAAUGAACAGGAGAAGGUUGAGGUCAUUUUAAAAUUUGAAGUUAUAUCACUUUAAUGUUAAUUAAAAAUUCCAUCAUGUUUUCUUAGCCCUACCUUUACCCCUGUGGGGGAAAAAAACUAUGCAAAAAAGGUUUUAAACUGUUCUCCUGAAGGUUCAGUCCUAGCAUGAUUUUCAGUCAGAAAUGGUUAAACCAGAAAGUAUUUCUGCUUCUGUCUUAAAACAGAUCAUCCUAGAAGAAGAGAGUUUUUUUUUUUAAGUCAUCCUGUAUCUAAAUCUUAAGUCUUAUUUUAGAGACAUGUUUUGCUCUGAACAUUUCAAGCCUGAUCCUUACUGGAUAACUUCAUCUGACUAUUGUUCAUCUUGUUCUCAGGAGAAAGGACGUGGGGUGACAGCUGGGUGUGACAUACCCACUGUAUGUAUAUCUUCACAUUCGUGCUUUGUAUUCCAUUAGCUUUCUCUAAAUCUGCACUCAAGACCAACACAAAAGAUGGCAGACAACAGGUCCCAGUCAGUUCCCUGCUUUUGCCCGAUUUGCUCACAGGCCGUAUUGGUCUUAUUGUUGGUGGUAUCAUCUGACUUGUGUGUGUCUGAUCUAAAUAAAAGCUGCUGACCACUGCCUGGUUUUCUUUGUGGACAGGACGGUAAAGAAUUCAGGCUUCUUUCACAAGGGGUUAAACAUACUUGAAGGAAAAAAGGUAGAACCAUUUGGAAAACAGUUUAUUGCUUUUUCUUCCAAAGCUUUGUUAAUUUACAAAAAAAAGGAUCAAAGCUUACAGACUGCUUAGUUCAGACUAAGAAUGCAAGAAGUAAGACCCUACUAUGUGGCCACUGGUGGCAGCUGUGCACUGACGCUUACAGUGAGCCCCCCGCCUUGCAGUGCUGCCUUCAGAGGGCUGCGCUCCUCACACACUGACGUACUUAGAUUGUUAGUCAAGUCGCUGGAAUGGUACAGAAGUUUUUUGGUUUGGGCCUUUUUUGCCUUCCUACUAUAAAAGUGAAAUUUUCAGUUCAUUUCUGAAAAAUAAAUUGGUCAAUAAAUUCA